GGAAGAAAGAAAGGGGCCUGGCUAGGCUGCUCUAAGGGCGUUGCGCUCCUCCUUCCCUGCUAGGGAAAGCUUCCAGAGGCCCCAAGCGUGGCCAAACUCAGGCUCCUCCCCUCCCCGCCCCCUGUCCCGGAGUUGCCACUGGUUGCCUUCUUCUCCGCCGGCCGAGAUGGCCCUCGACCCCGCAGACCAGCAUCUUAGACAUGUCGAAAAAGAUGUUUUGAUCCCUAAAAUGAUGAGAGAAAAGGCCAGAGAGCGGUGUUCUGAACAAGUUCAAGAUUUUACCAAAUGUUGCAAAAACUCUGGAAUCCUUAUGGUGGUGAAAUGCCGGAAAGAAAAUUCUGCAUUGAAAGAAUGUCUAACUUCUUACUAUAAUGAUCCAGCUUUUUAUGAAGAAUGCAAAAUGGAGUAUCUGAAGGAAAGGGAAGAAUUCAGAAGAACUGGAAUUCCUGCGAAGAAAAGGCUACAGAAGCUUCCUACAAGCAUGUAGGCAAAUAUUCCUUUCAUACUCAGGAACUCUAAUAUUCCUAGAAGUCAUUUAUAGUAUAAAUCACCUGAAAUAAUGGACUCAAGAAUGUGUGUUUGCUUUAACCUAAUUAUGGAAAUACUAAGUUUAUCUGAAAUAAAUAUUUUAUUUCAAA